AUGGUCGAGGGAGAGUCCAAGGCAUUGUGGAUUGUUGUUGCCACAGUGUUUGCAGCAGCAGCCACCGCGGUUUUACCAGCGGCGCGUGGACAACAAGUACCGUGUUACUUCGUGUUUGGAGACUCUGUCUUCGACAAUGGCAACAAUAAUGUCUUGAACACCGUUGCAAAGGUCAACUAUUCACCUUAUGGUAUAGAUUACCCACAAGGUGCAACCGGUCGGUUUUGCAACGGACGUAAUAUUCCGGACGUUAUCGGUUAG